AUGAAGAGGCACUACCACUCGCUACAGCACUCCAAGAACUUCUUUUACGUUCAUGCAAACAAGGGCUGGAAAUUCCUCACUCGUCUCCUGAAGGGGGACACCCCACAUACACAAGUGAGCAAGCUACGUCUGUCAUCGGGGAAACACUCCUCAUUUCCGGAGGACAUUGCUGGGGAAUUCCGGAACCACAACCUCUACAACCUUCCCAAGCCAGAGGGGUCAGCACCGGGACAGGACACCCUGACACACACGCGAGAGUACCUGCAAAUCAAUGUACAGAAAUGCAUAAACCAGGACGCGGCGAACACACUGGACGAACAGAUCAGCACGGAAGAAUUGACCAUGGCCCUGAAGAACACAAAAACGGGAAGCGCUCCGGGGCAGGAUGGGUUCUCCGCGGGAUAUUAUAAGCACUUUUCCGCCACACUCAUACCAUGGCUGACAAAAGCAAUUAAUGCGGUAGCAGACUGGGGGCGCUUUGGCACAGAGUCCCUUACAGCGACUAUCACAGUCUUGCUCAAACCCGGGAAAGACCCGGAACAAUGCGGCAGUUACCAGCCGAUAUCUAAACGUGGACACAAAACUUUUUACUAA